AUGCUGCUUGAGAAUGAGCGAUGUCAAGUUCACCGGCUGGGGCCUGGUUCCUGCUUAGAGCUCUUUCAGUCUCAAAGGCUUCUGCUUUUGUCGGCUGGGGGCACAUUGCGGGAAGAGCUUUCGUGCAAUUUGCUUCAGGUUCCGGAAGGGAACUUGCACGCUGCUUGGGAGCCGUUUUCAACUAAAAAAGUCAGGCUGCGAGGCCUGGACGGCAUGUUCUAUAUUGUGCAGGUGUAUGGUACCCACACCUUUCUUGCGCCAUCUACUCUGGCACUUGAUGAUGGUGUUCGAACAGAUGUUGGAACAAAGCUGCUGAUAGAGAAUGCGUUGGUGCGCGUAUGGGCCUUCGAGGUUGAAGCAGGAAGAGCAUGCCAUGUACACCGACAUGUGAGAGAUUAUUUCUUUCUGAACAUGGUGGAAAGCAACACUUUAGCCUUGGACCAACGCGGAGAGCCUGAUCAAAAUGCCACGGCCUCGCGACAAGAAGAAGGGAAAUUAACCUUCGUAAGGGUGCGUGGCCCUUCCUAUCCCGUCCAUGGGCUUGUCAAUGUGGGGUUGCAGACCUUUCGGCAGUUCGUGGUUGAAUUCCAGCAACCGCUCUCUCGACUUUGA